AUGGAGCUUCUGCGAGGUCUUUUCACGUCUUUAACGAAGGGAAGUGACGCUCAGCAUAUGUCAGACCGAAUUCACGCAAUUUUGAGGCCGGAAGCACUGCAACUGUCCUACGAAACCGGAAUUCACCUACACAUACAGCUCGUUCGCUUGUUACUCCAUGCGGACUUAGGAAACUGGGAUUCUCUGGGUGGUGAAUUUUUAAACGGAAUUUCCCGUCUACUUCAAGCUGCUUUUAACACCGCUGAUGCGCCUUUUCGCUCGAGUGCCUCCGAUACUCUUUUAGAGGCUCAUGUCAACCUUCUAGGUCGAUUGAUCAUAAUAGAAACAAGUAAUUCUGGGCCAAUGUUGGAUUUGGUGUGGCUUUUGAUUGGCCGUCUGGCUUCAGUGGUGUGGAUGGCUUCGGCGAAUUCCACAUGGCAAACUGCAAUCUGUCAACUAAUGGCUCAAGUUCUACAUCGCAUUGACGAUUCGCUGAAAACAACGGCUCGUCUGGGGAUGCCCGAAAUGUGCAAUUCAAUCUCUAUCCUAGCACAUCCAAUAUCUGCAACGUUGCUCCUCAUCAACGCUCAACAUGUCACGGAGCAGAUAGAAAGUUUUGCACGUUUCCUCCAUCGCAUGUUGGUCUGGAAUCUUGGCGAUCAAACAGCUCAUUUCACCGUCUGGAAUAACAGUCUUUUGAGCAAAAUAGAGCGCCAGUUAGGCGACGAAUCUCUCUGGGUUUUACGACUCUGUUUCACUGUGGCAUUCACAGGAAUGUGCUUACCUGAGUGGUCCACUGCCGAACCGUGUAUUAAAUUAGCCACAACUGUGCUUCAACGUGUCGCUCACGCUCCCGCACUGGAUAAAGCAGCGUUAGUUACCCCCACUUUCCUAUUUGAGACGCACUGUAAUCUAGUGUUAAUUUUCACCAAAGGGGCACUGCCUCGUCGACUAAUCACAAAAUUCGCGGAUCUUUAUGCGGCUCUGUCACAGUUUGUUCCCGAUAAACAAUUCGCCCUCCUUGCUUUUAUCCUGGAUUGUGCUCAGACGUCAGUUGCCGAAUGGGAAUAUCUGGCAGCUACACCGCCCCACCAGGGUCUUUUAUCCCAUGUCCGGAGGGCUGUGGAAAAGACUAAUGUAUCAGAGCGACACAAGUUUGUCAGUACGGUGACUCGAGGAUUCGUGCGUAUCAAGAUUGUUGCUGACUCGAUCGCCGCCUUCAGUACUUCCUGUACUCAGAAUCCAGAUUGCUGUUGA